AUGUGUUCGUCUACAGACGACGAUGACGAUAUUGUUGAACCUCGCGACUUAAACGAUACCGAACCGCUCGACUUGCCGUUCUCGGCGAAAACAGACAAUCAGGCGGUGGUAGUGGAGCCACUCACGGGGAAACAGAAACGCCGUUUGGAACGCGCUUUACGAAAACAAACUGGUGGUACAGGACGUCAUUUCUAUCGGGAAUUACGGGCAGAGCGGGAACAGCAAAUGAAUUCGCAAGCGCCAGACGAUACCAGUGCCAAAUCUCGUAUAAAAUCAAAGAAGCGCACCAAGCGUCGAUAG